CUGCUCCAGUGCAACCUCCAGCAAGCUUCUUCCCCCACUUACGGUUUUUUUUCUCUUAAGAGUCAACAGGGAUGGGAAGGUAAUUGCUGACAAAAUGUGGAAAGGACCAGGGAUUAACCAGUUUGGCUCACACAAAAGCAGAGGGAUUAAGGAGGCCGGAUUUAACCCCAGGCUAGAUCUCACCACCACCCCUGUCUCUUCAGUUAUUCCCUCCACUUUUCUCAUCUAGUUCUGUCCUCCAUCCCAGGCAGUAGGGUCCCUUUCUCCAUUCCCAGGGCGUCCGCCAUUCUACCUAUCUUAAGCCCAACCUCUCCUCCCAUCCAGGGUUGUGUACAGUGGAAUCGCCUCCUUGUCCCUCCUCCUCUGAACCCCAAGACAUGCGGCCUUGCCUCGGCUCCGUCUGCCUCUAAGACCGUCCCCACUCCCUGCCUCCAAGGAACCCUGGGGUUCCGCCCGCCCAGCUUCAUCCCCCUCUUUCCCGGCGUCUCCGCCCCCUGCCCCGCCCCCGAGCCGGCUCUCGGAGGAGGGGGAGCUGCUGUCACCGCCGCCGCCUCAGCUUCCCACAGCCGCUACCGCUGCCGCCGCUGCCGCCGCUCCGCUUGGUCCAGCCGCCAGGCCCAGUGCUCACUUCGCCGGACCAGGGCUCUCUGCGGAGGCACCCUCACUCCUUCGUGGGGUCCGGGACGCCUAGCCAGGCGUGGGGGGAAGCUCCGCUUGCGGGGUACAGGGAGGGAGGAGCCUGGAGCCGGAGCCAGCGCCAGCCGUCGCCGGAUCGACAAGACAGGGCAGGUUGAGGGGCGUCGGGGAAGGAAAAGGGGGUGCUAUAGGCAGUCCCGGGGAGGACGAGGAAGCCCUGUCGCAGAAAGCUCUAAUGCGCUCUGAUUUACAGGGGGUCUGUUCACAUUUGGGGGCCCGUGACAACGUGGGUGCUCUCCUCUCUCGAGGGGCUGGUUGGAUUGGAGGGCUUGGGAUCUAAACAGCACCAGCUGUUCCCAAGGAAAUUAAGGGGCAGUCAGGAAAACCAAAAAAUCAAAAAACCCCAAAACCUAUGCCCCUUAUUCCGAGGUGACAGAGGGCCCUUCAGACAACCACCUGGUGUAACCACUAGGAAGGGCGGAUUUGGAGGUGACUUCAAAAGGAGUGGAGGGUAACAAGGUGAGGAAAGGGGCUCAGCAGCUAGAACUCUGUGCCACUAGAAAUGGGGGUGACUUGGUAAAAAAUGGUAUUGUCCAGAGACAGGGUCGGGGAACCUCUUCUCACUGAAUGGGGACAGUCUGGUAUUUCAAGUCAUAGAUUUUGAGGAUUGCAAUAUUUUAAAAAAGUGGGGGAUUCUCCACUUAGAGGGUGGCAAAGGGAAAGACAUCAAGGUUGGGUUCUUCCCUGACAUUGGCAUUGCCCCAGUAGGGGUGGAGUGAACCAAUAUCCCCAAAGCUAAGGACCCGCACCCUUAAGAUUACAAGAGUGGAUUUGGCAGGAGUGCAGGGCCCUGAAAUAGGGUGGAAAGGUGCCUGGGGAUAUUCGAACCACGUUUUGGAAAAUUUUAGGGUCUUGGCUUUGGGAUACGGGAAGUGGAGGCCAGGACACUGGAGAUCAGGGAAAGGGGGAGUUUUCAGUGGGGGCAAAAGUCGUGGGUGGGGUCAGUUGAGAGGUACAUAGGCUGUUGGACCCAGUGGAGCUAGCAGGGGCCCAAGGGUGGGAGCUGGAGCCUGGGGUGGGGGUCAUCUAGCGCUUAUCCUCAGGUCCUGUGGGUAGGGCAGUGAGUAGGGACUGGAGCAUGGAGAGCAUGUCCUGGUGAGCAAGCGGGCUUCUCCAGGGGAGCCCAGUGCGCUCCGGGCGCCUGCCUGUUUGGGGGUGUCUCCUCCCGGGGCGCCAUGGCGGCGCUGGCCAGUAGCCUGAUCCGGCAGAAGCGGGAGGUCCGCGAGCCCGGGGGCAGCCGUCCCGUGUCGGCGCAGCGGCGCGUGUGUCCCCGCGGCACCAAGUCCCUUUGCCAGAAGCAGCUCCUCAUCUUGCUGUCCAAGGUGCGACUGUGCGGGGGGCGGCCCGCGCGGCCGGACCGCGGCCCGGAGCCUCAGCUCAAAGGCAUCGUCACCAAACUGUUCUGCCGCCAGGGUUUCUACCUCCAGGCAAAUCCUGACGGGAGCAUCCAGGGCACCCCAGAGGACACCAGCUCUUUCACCCAUUUCAACCUGAUUCCUGUGGGGCUCCGUGUGGUCACCAUCCAGAGUAACAAGCUGGGUCACUACAUGGCCAUGAAUGCUGAGGGGCUGCUCUACAGCUCGCCACAUUUCACAGCUGAGUGUCGCUUUAAGGAGUGCGUCUUUGAGAAUUACUAUGUCCUGUAUGCCUCUGCUCUCUACCGCCAGCACCGUUCUGGCCGGGCCUGGUACCUGGGCCUGGACAAGGAGGGCCGAGUCAUGAAGGGAAAUCGAGUCAAGAAGACCAAGGCAGCAGCCCACUUUGUGCCCAAGCUCCUGGAGGUGGCCAUGUAUCGGGAGCCUUCUCUCCACAGUGUCCCUGAGACCUCCCCUUCCAUUCCCCCUGCCCCCUGAAAUGUAGCCCCUGGCUGGAGGCUCCAUGCACUUACACUGAGCCCGCCACCACCACAGUCUGUCUCCCAGCCCCACUCCUGGCCCUGCUCUCACCCUUGCUGCCACACUCAUGCCCUGAGCAGCCAGGUCCCACCAGGUGCUCUAGCCUGAGGGAGCCUAGGGGUUGGCUGUGACUCCCAGGGCUGCUGAGACCCUUAGAUCCUUGGGCCCAGGAAGGGGUCAGAGCUGGGGUGAAGUGUCUGAAAAUAGUCCUGGCUGAUCACUUCUUUCCUUGCACACUCAUGCCCCCCCACCAAAGCCUCUUCCUGAGAUGACGCUGGGGGUCUGAAACUGACAGAACCAGGGCAUAAAUCUUCCCCACCCUGGGCUCAGCCAGCCCCUGGAGUCUUAUGCUGUUUUCAUUGCCACUGAGCCAUAGAUUUAUAGGUCCACUGGAGCUCAGGAUUCGUUUCCUUCUUUCCUUCCUCCACCUUCUGCCUUGUUCCAGACAGAUUCUGGAACACCAGGCACUCCAGCUAGGGCCAUUUCUGCACUCGGGCUCUGUGCUGAAACACAGACAUGCUGCCAGGCUCUGUUCUGGAUCCAUCAGGCUUCUGUCCUUGACCCAGAUGGACCCCUGGCUUCCAAGUAGAGAGAGGCUGUAUUUGAGCCCUGUCCAGCUGUUGGCCUUGGCCUGAACUGGGACCAGUCUCAGAUUACCACAGGUUUAACUUUCUUAUCCCAGAGACAUCCAAUUCUAGAGCAUGGUGUUCUAGACACAUAUGGAGCCAUACUUCCUUCCAGAUCUCAGCUCUAGGACAUAGACCACAACUGUCAGCCCUUCCCUCUAGGAUGGAACUGGGACCUAUAUAGCCAUAUUAUUGUUCUAGAGUAAGUUCUAGACCCAUCCUCCCACCUUCUCUAGUGAUAACCUUUUAAGGAUGAGCUCUGGAAAGGACUCAGCUGUGAUUCACAAAGAAUUAAGUGCUGGAUGAAUCGAGAACCACAUCUUGUUUUUCCUAGAUAAUUUUCUAAAAAUCUCUUUCUUCCUACAGAAUGCUAACUUUAUCUUUACAUAUAGUUUGUACCUCCUGCAACUUAGCUGUGGUCCUGCCAGGGAAAGAGUCUGAGGAAGGGCAGAGGAGUUUUGGAAGGAAUCCCUGGCUCAUAGCAGGAAAGCUUGGAUAGAGAAGGGGCCAGAACCAUGGCAUGAUUGGACCUGUGCCUGAGCUGGGGGGACAUGAACAUUUAGCUACCUCAGCAGGAAUUCCUAGUCCCCUUUAAAUCUGAGGUGUUUAGGGUAAUGGGUCUAGAAUAAAAAAUAUAAAUGGCACAUAACCUUGACCCCCCACCAUGAGGAGAGCCCAAUUCAGCAUAAGUCCCACCUAUCUCCCCUACAGGUCAGGCCAAGUAGGGUGAGGGCCAUUUGGGCUCUAGACCUCAUACACCACCACCCCCAGAACUUCUAACUGAAUAGAAUUUGCUUUACCUUACGGCUUAUAACCUCAGCUGGGUUUUAGGUACCCAAAAAGGGCCUGACUAGAUUCUUCUGAAAAAAUGCAGAUAGCAGGGACAGGCCUGAAAAAGAUCAGGAGCCCAUCAGUGAACUAGGAAGGAGAUUCUGAGAGGUCCCAGAUCUGAGCUGAGUAGACUGAGGAGGCCCAAAAGGGAGGGGAUAGAUCUCAGGCAGGUCACUUUUCCUCAGGCUCUUUCUACUUCUGGCUUGUUGCAAGCGGGAUGGAUGCUCCCCUCACCCACACAGACACCGCUCAGGCUCCACCCAUCUCCUGGCUCUGCUCCCAGGGGACCGGGUCUCCACUCCAUGCUUUCUGAAAUUAAAGAAGAUUUAUACAACUGAA